UUCAUACUAUUACCUGGAUGAUUUGACAACCAGUAAGAAAUACAUAUUGGAGCUUUGAUGCUGUGAUUGUUUGCCAUUUGGACAUAUAAUAUAAAGUUUGGGAUGAUUUUCCAUAUUAGAAGGCAAAUACAAAAUGGAAGUGGAUGAAGACUGAAGGAGAUGCUGUGACGAAAUUCUUGAAAUACAACACAUAACUAGAAUUGCGAUUGAACUCACAAAAAAUAUACCCCCACGGUCUUACAAAAGAAUAUUACCACAUGAUUGAAUGCACAAUGUAUUAAAAUGAAUUUGCAAGAAGAUUUCCAUACUACAUUAGUCAAGGUCGGAGACCAACUUGAUGCAGAUGAUUUAGAAAAACUGAAGUUUCUAGUUAUCGAGAAAGAUGUAAAUAGAGCUGAACUUGAUAGAGCAAAAUCCGGAUGCCAAUGUUUUGAUCUACUGGAAAAGAAUGGUAUAAUCGACCAAAACAAUACUGAACAACUUCAGGAGUGGUUAAAAACCUUACAAAAUGCAAAGGCCUUACAAAUAUUACAGAACUUUUAUCCAAAGGAAGAACGUUCAUCUAUUAAAAAUCAAGCUUCCUCCAAUGUCAGCUCUUCGAAGAUAGUCACGCAUUUCAAGUCUACAAGAAAAUUGGCAGAGUUGAAAGAAGCAAUUGGUAGUACAUGUAUCAAUUUUGUCACUCUUAAAGGAUUGCUCGGGUCUGGGAAGUCACAGAUGGCAUUGAAAUAUGCCUGCGAAUUCAAGGAAAAUAACGCUACAAGUAUAGUCUGGAAACUGCACUGUAAAGAUUUAACAUCUUUGCAAACCUCAUUAAAACACUUUUGUACAGGUCUUGACUUAAAAGUGGAAAUGGAUGAAAGUAAGCAAACUACAGAUUCCAUUGAAGAUCUAGGACAAAAAAUUCUACAGAUCCUAAAGGCAAGAAAGGAAGCGAUUCAUGUAUUGAUUUUAGAUGAUGUGAUGCUGGAUUCGUGCCGUUUCCUUCAACGAUUCAUACGAGAAUGCAGAUCCUGCCAGCAUAUAAAAAUUAUAGUUACUACAUUCCAGCCUUUAUUCAAUGAUUGUAAAAUUAUCGAAAUAAAUGGGUUUACUGAAGAUGAAGCCGUUAAUUUCCUUUCUGAAGGAAGAAAGCUAUCAAAGAAUGAUAUCGAGGAAUACACCAAACUAGGCUCUAAGUACAGCUUCCUUCCUUUGGGUCUUUACUGUGCUAGAACGUACAUCCACCGAACACAUAUUUCACCUAAAAAGUUUAACAAACUUUGCGAAAAUACAGCACUUCGACAAAUAGAGGACAGUCACUGUAUAGAAGAUGAUCCUGAAUCAGUAUUAGACAAUAAAACCCUUUUUAAAGCUCUUAUUCAAUUCAUAGAUAUUCUAAAAAAUACGGAGAAUCCAAAGGUUUUUGAAAUGAUACUAAGUCUCCAGUUCCUUGAAAUUGAAGACAUUCCUGUACUUCUUUUUGAUUACUUUGUAUCUGAUAGUCCCGAUACAAAUCAUGCUGUUGAAACCAACAAUUUCAUCCAAGCAUUACAAAAAUUUUCCUUUGGAAAAAUUGAAGGAGAGGACGACGACAGAGUACUAAGUACCCAUUAUGCAGUAGUAACCUCGCUAAAGAUAUUUUGUGAGCAACAGAAGUCAAAUGUUGGCCAUAUGAAACUUCAAACAAGGGAAAGAAAUUUAUUGAAACAAUUAUUGCGAGCAUUCAUGUAUGUCAUGGACAAAGAUAAUAGAAGUAAAAUUGAUUUCAAAAGGAAUAAAAUGAUGGUUCAACAUGCAAGAUCAGCUCUAAUCCAUGCUGAUGAAUUAUUUAAGAAAGACCAGUCAUUACGGCACGACCUGGAAUUUCUUAUGUCUGUAAUAUACGUGCAUGAUUUGGUUGGAUAUACCUACAAUUUCGAUGGCAUUUUGAAUGUUGCUGCACAUCAUUCGGACAUGGCAAAAUCAUAUUGCUUUGUUCUAUUGAAUGUAGAGCAGGUAGCUUUUGAAAAUGAUUUAAAAGACCAAUGCCGGAGAGUGGAAAGUAUUGACCAGCUAGACAGGUUUUGUAAAGAAAAGGCUAAACAUUUAUUUGAUGAAAUGAAAAGCGUAGCUUCAGGCAAUGCCGAUAAAUUUAUAAAUUUUGCGAAAUAUUAUAUUCUGGAAAAAUACCGAGCAGAAGAUGAUAUAUCAGCACUUUCUAAAAUAUUAGAAAACGAUCUUGAAAGGGAAACGAGACUAAAUGAAAGCGAGUUCGAAACAUUGCGUCAUAAAGGCUAUGCUGUACCACUAGAGGAUAUGACACGCCUAUUCCUUUAUGAACUCUUAUUGUCUACAUUCUACACACAUGGAAGAAGAAUAUUUUACUUGAUAACACCUGUUGAUGUCAUUAAAGCCAGGACUUUUUGCAGUUAUUUGUACAUUUCAUAUCAUCUGGCUCAGAUGAUUACAAACAAGUUCCAACAAUGGGAAUGUCUAUAUGCUAUGCUUACAGAGCGCAGUGGAACAUUACAGCAGUGCAUUGAUGAUCAUUCUGAUCUUAAACAACACAAUAUGAUUGCCUUUCAAAAGGUUGCAAGCCGAUGUGAAGCAAUGCUACAAGAGGACAGGAGAUAUUUUAUGUUCGGAAUUUUCAAAACUGAUACCAGAACGGAUGACCAUUGUCAAGCAAUUUGGUUAAAGCAGUUAAUUCGGUGUUAUAAGCACAUGCUACGAUUUGCACAAAACGAGACGGAAAAGAAAGAAGUUAUUACCAAAGGCAAGGAAUGUGUAGCUCGACUGCAAGAGUCGCUACCAUCAAUGGAAGACAGAACAUGCUUUCAAAGCUUACUGUUCAGUGUCGGCGAAUUUUGUGAAUGCAUAGAAGAUUAUACUGAAGCCGAAAAAAUAUUGGAGACGUUGUGUCCAAAUUUGACAGGCCAAGAGCUUAUCAAGGAAAAGCUGAACAAAUACGAGAAGAAAGCAUCCAUACUGUUUAUAAAAUGCAUAUGCAAGAGCAAUGAAAUCGAUCGAGCCAAACAACUGUAUGACAGAUUUACACGAAAUUUGCAGAACACUAAAGAUACGUUUGAACUACAAUCAUUGGAGGAAAUUAAUAAAAAAUACAGUUUAAGUCAAUCAUAGAUCCAUCUUUGGAAUUUAGAGUAUGUUCAAAAUAGAAGAAAUGUAUUGAUUUUAUGGACUGUUACGUGCUGGAUUAACGUUUAGUGGCUAAUAAUCCAUGUAUAUGCAAGUAGGUCUACUUGAAUGAAGGUUUGAAAUAUAAUUUGACACUGGAACAUAUGAACGUAUUAUAGGGAAAGGCACUUUGAUUAACAACAGGCCACCUACGGGCCACCCAAGGAGUUAUUAAAAGAGUUCAUCAACGUGUAGAGAGUUCAAUUUCAAAAUCCGAUGGCAGAUUUCCAGAUUUACAGAGAUAGCUUAAAACCUCUUACUUGUGUCAGAUAUUUUCCAAUGUUGUACUUGUUUCCGUUUAAGGAUUUCAUCGAAAUAUUGACUUUAUAUUACUUCUGAUCAUUUCCUUUUCGAUGAUCCAAUUAAAUAAAACUGGUUAAAACAUUAGGAGAAAGUGUGUGCAUAAUGUGCCGCCGGGGCAUAUCGAAUAGUAAGCUGGGAAAAUUAAAGUCCUUGGCAUUUAAAAAAAAAACAAUACCUUCGUGAUAAUUAGAGAUAUUUAAAACUGAUGGCAGUCAUAAAAUCGUUUGAAUUUUCUUGCUUGAAAUAUGGAAAAUGAUGUCGUAAUCCUCAGCACUAUCACUACAAACCAGUUAAAGUGUGAAAUGGCCUAUAUCUGUACUCGACUGUACAGAUUUUUACUCGACCAGUCUGAAUUGGUCUGAAUUUCACUCGACAUAACUCGAACCCAAUCUUCACCAUACUCGACUGUACUGAUUUGUACUUGACCCUUAUCGUUGCCAUUGAAAAAAGUCUGAACUAUUACUCGACCAGUCUAAAACAGUCUUAACCCACCCAUUCUCGAUCAGUUCUCGACCUAUUUUUUUCGGUCUGAACCAUACUCGACCAGUCUGAACCAUACUUGACCAAAUAACCUCUACUUUUUUUAAAUUUUAACUGUUUAAAUAACUUUUUUUAACUGACAUGACAACAGCCACAAUAAAGUAAAGAUAUAUAAAACAUGAUUAUCAGAUUUAUCAAAGCGAGAUAGUCAAAUUAUCUAGUUUUAAAGUCUGAGUUUUGUUAAAAAACAAAAGAUUUGUUUUACCUGAGAAUCAUACCUGUACUGAGGGUAAUACAACCUUAUUAAGGUGCUUCUUGUUUGGCAUGUGUUUUUUUUAAGAAACUUAAUUCACCUAAAUUCUUUAAUAAAAACUACAUAGGUUUCAUGGUUACAUACAAAAGUUAUAUAACUAUCUUUUUAACUGAGGUAACAACAGCCAACAAAAUCACUGAAAUUGUUAAACCUUAUACCAGAAAUAUAUCUAUUCUUAUUAUAAUUUGGGAUAUAUAUAAAUAUAUAUAUAUAUCUAAAAGGGCUGAAAAAUUAAAAGAAAUGAUAACAAUUGUUGUUCUGAUCAGGGGUAAAUUAUAAAGCCAUACCUCCUGCUUGGGGCACACUCAUUAAAAAGAUCACACCUGGUCAGAGUAAUAAAUUUAAAUAACAUCCAUUGAUAAUUAAACAACAUCCUGUAAAACUUAAAUCACAAGGCCUUUUGAAUAGAUAAAUAAUACACGAGUUUAAAGAAAAAUAAGGUUUUCUUUUUACCUGUAAAACACACCUGUACUGAGGUAAUUAAACCUUAUUAGAGUGCUUCUUGUACAUGUUGUAUUCCAUGUCUUUAAUUUUAAUAAAACUUAAUUAAUCAACCAAAAUUUUUACUGCAACUUUGGAACACAAUUCCUUUUUUAAAAGAUUAUCAAGGAUUGCUAUGGAAAUUUUAUAAUAUUAAAUGCUCGGUUUUACAAAACAAAGGUGUCAUUUUUUAAAUUUUAUUAAGUUGCUUUCUAUACAAUAAAAUAACAUGUUCACUGCGUUAUUAACUAAAUUCGACUGACACCAUAAAUUUAUAUCAGGCUUAAGUUUGUGUUGAAAAUUUUCCAGUAACCAUAAAAUAUAUCUGAAACAUUCAAAAAAAAAAAAUUAAUACCAUUUAAGAUAUUUGAAUAAUGGUCGAAAGUUCUAGUAUUUAUGAUGUACAUAAUGCAGUGUGAACAUGAUCAUGUAUAUAAAAAUUCGAUUAACCGAAAACUUAAUUUAUUACAUGAUAUUUUUUUUAAUCCGACCAGAAAUCACUACCUUUUAUCAUCUUGUUUUAUUUUCAUUUUAAAGGUGAUAUACAUUGUAUAUAUAAGUAUUGAUGAAUAUGGAUGGUGUUGAUGAUUAUAUUAUGUUUAUUGUGAAAUUUUGGUUCCAAUGCUAUAUUUAAUACUAUACAUUUUGGAUUUCAAAAUGUUGUUCAAAUUUCUAGCGAAGGGAAAUAGCUGUUGUUAAAGAUAGUUCCUAAAUUGAUGAAAUACAAUAGAUAGAUACAGAAAUAGGUCUACGUUGAUUAAGACUUGGUCGAGUAUGGUUCAGACUAGAUCGAGUAUGAUUCAGACUAGGUCGAGCAUGGUUCAGACUUGGUCGAGAAUUGUUAAGACUACGUCGAGUACGGGUCAGACACGUAUUAAAUGGUUAAGUACUGAUCGAGUAAAGGUCGAAUACAAGUUCAGACUAUUAAGUAUGGUUCAGACUACAGUCGAGUAUUAUCAAGUAAAUUUCAGACCAAUUCAGACUGGUCGAGUAAAAAUCAGUACAGUCGAGUACAGAUAUAAGCCAUUUCAGACUUUUACUGGUUUGAGAUGUAUCCACUUUACAGAAUUUAUGCACGUUUUUUUUUGGCCUUGGAUGCAGUUGUUAAGAGAUCAAAAACACAUUAAUCAAUAAAUUAUAGAUCUAUUUA